ACUCGGUACAAAGAAGCAAAUCCAGGGAGACAAAACCCUAGGGGCGCCUCAAUCUCCCAAACGGCGACCCGCGGCGGUGGGAGCUAUGAAGAAGACACCAACGCAGCCACCGCCGCCGCCAACGCUACCGCGACCACUCUAUAAACAGAUGUCGUGGUCGCCAGACAUGGAGCGCGACGAGGCGUGGUUGAGGCGGAAGGGAAACCAUAAGAAGGGACUGAAACGAAGCGUGAGCCUUACCGACGACGAUAUGGAGGAGCUCAAGGGGUGCAUCGAUCUCGGAUUCGGUUUUGCCUCUGAGUCGCCCGAUUUAGAUCCGAAAUUAUCCGAUACUUUGCCCGCUCUGGAGUUUUACUGCGCCGUGAAUCGUCACUACAGCGGUAGAUUGUCGCGAUCUUCGUCUGGCUCUUCAAUUGGCUGCGACAGUGACUCCAGCAGCAGCACCAGCACAAUAUUCGAUCGUGUUGCAGGGGAUGAUCCGAAGGUGGUGAAAACCAGGCUGAGGCAGUGGGCGCAGGCGGUUGCUUGCUCGGUGCGGCAGUUCUCCGGAGGUCCAAAUUGAUUUCCGGUGAUGCUAAUGGCGUUGUUUUGUAUAAAAUCCACAGUUUGCACCUGAUUAUUUACUUUUAUUUAGUUUGUAACCAAUUUACAGCUCUGUAAUAUAAUUUUCCUUGAUUC